ACAUGGCACCAAUGCACCACUUCUAAGCAGACAAAAGCCCCUGAGAACUCCAGAAUGAAUUCCUGUCCCAAGAUAAACGAAGACCUGGAGUGGGAGUACCUGCCGAUCAUGUACAGCAUUGAGUUCUUCGUGGGGCUGAUCGGAAACCUGACCGUCAUCUUUGGCUACGUGUUUUGCCUGAAGGAGUGGAAGUGCAGCAACAUCUAUCUCUUCAACCUGUCCAUCACCGACCUGGCAUUCCUCUGCACCCUUCCCCUCCUCGUCAACCAGUACAAAAACAAGAGCCAAUGGCAAUUCAGCGACUUGCUGUGCAAGUUUAACCGCUUUCUUCUCUACAACAACAUGUACCUCAGCAUCCUCUUCCUCACCUGCAUCAGUGUCGAUCGCUACCUACUGGUCAUGAACCCACUGAAGAUGUACAAGUUUCAGAACAAACGGGGAGCCAUGCUUGUGUGUUUCCUGCUGUACAUGUCUGUCACCUUGGCUCUCAUCCCCAUGUUUGUCUUCAUUGGUCCCCAGGACAUCACCCACGAUGAGGAGAACAUCACCGCCUGCGUGGACUUCGCCAGCUCGGGAAAUGCCAACCACAGCCUCAUCUACAGCAUGUGCCUGACCAUAUUCUGCUUCAUCUUUCCUCAGUGCGUCAUGAUCUUCUCUGGCAUUCAGACAGCCAGAGCCUUGAAGAAGAUGAGCAAACAGCAUCGUAGGAACAUCUCCCUGGAGAAGCCCCUCAACCUGGUCAUCCUGGCUGUGGGCUCCUUUACCGUGUUCUUCACUCCUUACCACAUCAUGAGGAAUCUCCGCAUCAUCUCUCGGAUGAAGAGCCUGGGCUUCUUGAGCUGCACCAAGUCCUAUAUAAAGGCUGGAUACACGGUCACCCGGCCCAUAGCUUACCUCAACGCUGCCACCAACCCCAUCUUCUAUUUCCUACUGGGAGAUAAGUUCAGGGAGACACUGAUGAGCAGCAUCAAGUCAAUAUUCCACCGAAUGUUCCCAUGUUUCGGGAGACGGGACACCCAGGCAAGCUGCAGCUCCUAUGGUCUGGGGGGGAGGCGGGAGGAGGAAAGGGGGAAGACUAGAUUAUUUUCUGACUCAAGUUGCAAGAAUCCGUCUCAGAGUUGUUCCCAGUUGCCCACUCGCUCGCUAGCUGUUGGCUCCAGUUAG